AACGAUCAAGGUAUAAACAAAUAUGGCGGCUAAUGUCAAAAUUAGUCACGUUAAACGAUUUAUUUGUUUACGAUGUGCGUGAAAGAAUUAAUACUCCUUCUAAAAGGGACAUCAAGAGUUUAACGCGUAUUUUAAAUAGAGAUUUUUGCAAGACUUGGAAAACGGCGGGAAAUUUGAAAGAAGAAUAUACGAGAUCCUGAUGUCGGUUUAACAAUUCUGGGACACUCGAGAAAUCUUGACCGUUUACACCAUCGCAAAGUCAAGCAGAAUCUUCAAAGUAUGAUAAAAUCUUGAAGAAAUGGCGGACGAUCCAAAUCGAGACAUCUUGCCCGUAAAGGAAGGAUCUUGCAUAGAGACGUGUCGUAGUCUUAUAGAUCCCAGGGAGCGUCGUUUGGUGUGCAAGCUCGAUCGAUGCCAGUUGGAGGACAAGUAUUUGCGACUACUCGAGGAAGCGAGUAAAUUGAAAAAGUUAUCCAACUGUCAGGAAGAGAAGAUCAAGCGACUGGCUACAAAAUUAAUGAGAGUAGCUUCUAACCCAAGGGCAUGCGUUUCUUUGGAUUUCAGCGAUAAAAACAAACUAACGGCUCUCGAGGUCGAGAAUUCCAAGUUAAAAAAUAAAUUAUCCGUAUUGAGGAAUCAACUGUUGAGUCAUACAAUGAGCGGUAUAUCACCAACGAGAAGUCGUCGGCCUCAUACAAGACCAUCUUCGGGACUCAUAACUUGUCGUAGCGAGAACAGUCGUAUAAGGGCCCCAUCCUGCCAGUGCAUCGUUGAGUCACAUCAACUACGAAACGACGACAAUGAAGCACAAAAUUAUCUUGUUAAAAUCGAGGAAUUAGAAACGCAGAAAAAAGAAAUGUCGGCUCAGAUAACGCAGUUAGAGAAGGAACUCGAGUCUUAUGUGGUAAAUAAUCAAAAGGAGAAAGUGGUUGAGAACAUCGAAUAUAUAAAGGUUUGGCGACAAAUGAAACAGUUGAGCGACAAAUUGAUGACUGCUCAGAAUACAAACGAGUCGUUGAACCUACAAAUCAACGACCUCAAAAAAAUCCUCGAAGAGACAACAAAAAAUAAUCAGGAAAUAACAGUUUGCCUAAUGGCAGAGAAGAAACGAAUAGCCGGUAUCGAUGGACAGAUAAUAAAAGCGAAAGAUUCUCAAUUAACAUUACGCGAGAAAGAUGAACAAAUACGAGAUUUAAUAAACGAGAUGAAAAUUUUGCAGCAACAUAAUAACGAGUUAAUUGCUUUAAGUUCCAAAUAUGGCCAAGUCGAAUUAGAAAAUGUUGAAUUGAAAAAGAAGUUUACGCAACAAUUUACCGAUCAACAAAACUUCAAAAUAGCAUUUAAUACUGAACAAGCUAAUAUUGUUGCCCUACAAACUGCUAAUGAGCAAUUGUUAAUGAAACUUCAGUAUUUGCAGAAAAAUAUGGAUACUCUAAUGAUUCAACAAUUAGCAAUUAUUCAAAAUGAUAAUAAAAAACAUAAAUCAAGUAACAAAGCGGAAUCGUCUAAUGAUAGUCUUAAAACUAAAAAUACCCAAACGGAGGAAUUUUCUUUUUUUUCCAAAGGUAUGACAUCAAAUAUUCAAACAUGUACAAAAUGUUUUAUGACAUUCGACAAGGUUCUACAACUCGAAAAAGGUGUAAAUACAAUACAAAAAGAAUGUAAUUUCUUGAGCAAGUGCGUACAAACGGACUUUGAACCUUGUUCAAUUUCUAUCAACACAAAAGAAGGUACUUCAAUAAUGACUUCUUCGGAUCAACCAUCGUCGGCACGGGAACAUACAGUUGUAAAACAUCAGGAGAUUAAUCAAGAAAAGAAUCCUUUGUCACGCGAAAAGAUGCUGAAAUUAUUGGAGCAAGUGCAGAUCAGUAUGCCAUUGAAAGGAGGAAGAAUCGGACAAUCGGAUGAUUCUCCUGUAGUCGAAGCCAUGCAAGACUUUAGCCAAAGACACAGAGAUGCAGAUGUGGCAGAUCAUGCGCAAACGAGAGAUUUAAAAAAUUUAUUCGCAACACUCGUCGAUGUUCUUCGUAAAGAAUACUCCCCGCCAAAGAAUUUAAUCCCCAUGGAAGAACAAACUGCUUAUCGAAAUCCGCCAUUACGCUAUGAAAAGCAACUCGUAAAAGAUAUGCAAACGGAUAUUAACAACAAUGAUGAGAUCAAUCGGCAGAUUAAUAUAGGAAUACAAUCAAGCACACGUCUGAUCAACAAAAAUUCACAAUACGAAGAUAGCUAUGAUCAAUUUUCACAAAAUACGAAAAGUUGUAACACGAGAGAAUCUUGUUCCGUUAAUCAAGAUAAAUUGCAAAAUAGUAGUAAUCAAAAUCAGAUGAUGAGAUCCACAGAAACCGAAUUCCAAAAUCCGAGAAGUUGUAGCAUGAAAAGAUCUUGUUUAGUUAAUCAAGACAAAUUAUAUAGUAGUCAAAAUCAGGUGACAAAAUUCACAGAAACCGGCGAAUGUAGUUGCACCGAUUCGAAAAAAUGUCACGCAGAAUCAGAUUGUGGUUAUUUUUGUUGCACCAAUUAUAAGAAGCAAUUUUAUGAGAAAUAUAGUGGCGAUGUAAAAAAUCAGGAUUUAAAAAAUUUGCCUUCGUCGCUGAUAAAUAGAAAUGAUGAUCAAUUUGCGAAAAAAGCCGCCGACGCAGCUCAUGCGAAAUGUUAUGACGCUAUGAAUCCUUUCGAAUCCUGGAAAAUGAAUCUGUUGGAGCAAAAAAGCAAAGCUUUCGAUAACAAUCAGAACUUACAGAAUUAUACGGAACAUUUGGAAAGAUGUAAAGAGCUUUUAGACAAAUGUUAUUUGAAGAAUACGAACAAAAUUCCUGUGAAUAACAUGAGUCAUUUACGAGGCAUGGGAGCAAUGAAGUCACCGCAUACAUGUCGAAUGGAGGAUCAGAUAAAGCCGUUAGCGGAAAACGACGAAGAGUCACGCUGCAGUCUUAAGUGUCCAAACGAAUGUAUAGAUCUACCACCAUAUUCGACGAAUUCAACGCCUUUAUUGAUUACAAAUGGUCAAGGUCUUGUGGAAAUUCAUGUUCUCUCCCUGCAGCUUGCUACAUCUGUUAGUAAAAAAUUAGGAAAGUGUUGGAAACAUCUCGAUUAUAGUUUUUUAUCUUUAUAUAUACGUGUGUAUAUAUAUAUAUAUAUAUAUAUAUAUAUAUAUAUAUAUAUAUCGUUACAGGCAGCGACAGUUCUUUUUCAAGAAGAGAAUCUUUCCAACGUGUCCUUAUUCAUCAGUUGGAACAUUUGGGGCCAAGAGACAGUUUGUACGCCAACAUUGAAAUACCCAAAGUUAAACUUCAAUUCGUCCUUCGUUUAUCAUAUACCGGAUCUAUCCACGUUCUUCAAUUAUGCUCUGUCAGAAUAUGUCAUCUUUCAGGCGAACGUCGUUGAACAGAAUACAACGACUUACGCUGUCGCUAAAGCAAAAUUAUGUAUCAAGGAUAUACUUGAUUAUCCUCAAAAUAAGUUACAUUAUAUCGCGCCUAUGAACAGCGUUAUAUCUUGUACACUUGGUAUGAAUUUCGGACAAUUAUCCUUAUGGGUGAGAUUGAGUUGCGAUGUCGAGCAAGUCGAUUUAUUCAAAAGGCAGCGAGGUUUGCUUCCACGAAUGGAACAGGAUCAACAAUCGAUUCGAAAAACUACUUUUCGAGAGGAUACGACUCCAUUGGAGGAAUCAAAUAAAGAAUAUGAAGAUGCCGUUGAUGACUCUGAAAGUACACAUGCAAAUGUAAUAUCAGAUAUUAACGAAAAAAAUAAACAUGAAGAAAUUAAAAGACCCUCCUAUAGCUCCACCCAUGAUAUAUUGGUUACCCAUAACGAUGCCAACAAUGAAUCAUCUGACAGCGAUAUAACGUUAUUGUCCAAACAAUCUGACGAAAUUGCAAGGUGGGCAACUCCGACAAAUAAAGAAGAACAGGAUAAUAAUAUCACUCAAGAAGAGAAAACGAAUAUGGACGAGUUUAAUUCAUUUAUUUCCCAUCCAUUGGAAAAGGAUACAAUUAUAAUCCAGAUCGUUAAAAUAAAUCUAUUUGAAAAUAGUUCAGUCAUGCUCGACGAUGAUGUUCAUUUGCUUUAUGUGGAGUAUUCUUUUCUUGGUUAUCGUGGUGCUGAUAUGGAAACGGAAUCAAUACCAAAACCAAAGACAUACACAGAACCAUUGAUUUAUAAUUUCAGAAAAGUAUUUUCGAUAGACGAGGAAUAUCAUUCCAUUGAGAGAAACACGUUGCGAGCAAUGUUACAUCAGUCUAUCAAUCCAAACAUCAAAUUUAUUUUAGUGAGCGAACCACUUCCUGCAGAAACAGAUAUUAAGGAUUGUGUAGAAAUCGGGUACGCAUACUUUAACAUAAGAGAAUAUGCUCUGGAUGACAAUGAUCAAAGCAUAACAGUACCAAUUAUAAACCAAAUGCAAACUGAACAAAUAGGUUUAUUAACGAUAUACGUGCAGGGUCUCGAUGCCAUACGCGAAUGUCUCAGCAGUAAUAUGUGAAAGCAAAAAUGUUUGGAGAAAAUAUAGAAAAUGAUCCAUAUUCUUUUCCUAAUAAACAAUUUAUUACAAA